CCAAGCUAUAAGCGCCCUCGAGUCAACAAAAUUCCCAACAGCGAGUGCCGCGAUAUUGCAAAGUUAUCAUCCGCUUUCCCACCAUGAGAAAACCUCUACUUCUGAGAGACAGAAGCCAUCCAGGCAGGAUCUAGAAACCUUCACUCGACAUGCCAAAAUACGCCAUCCUAGGCUCAUCCGGUAACUGCGGCACCGCGCUCCUCGAGAUCCUCAUCAAGCGACCAGACGCACACAUCAACGCAUACUGCCGCGACAAAGCCAAACUCUUACGUCUUAUGCCCGAGGUCGUUGAGAAUGAAGACAAGAUAAGCAUAUUCGAGGGCAGCAUUCACGAUGAAAAGCUUCUGGGUGCUUGUAUGUACGACUGCCGCGCCGUUUUCCUUGUCGUUUCCACAAACGACAAUAUUCCAGGCUGUCGAAUGGGACAGGAUACGGCCACGACAGUCAUUCAGGCCCUACAAUCCCUGAAUCAAGCACCAAAAAUUGUAUUACUCUCCUCUGCUACAUUGGAUGAGCAGCUAUCGCGGCAUGUCCCGGUCCUACUUAAGAAAGUUCUACUUCGCUCCGCCUCAUUCGUGUAUGACGACUUGGUUCGAACGGAACAUAUCCUGCGCGAGGAAGCAGCAUGGCUGACUACUAUCUUUGUCAAGCCUGGCGCACUAUCGGUGGAUGUGCAGCGCGGUCAUGCGCUAAGUUUCACCGGGGAGAAUGGCCCGCUGUCGUAUUUGGAUCUGGCGGCUGGGAUAGUUGAGGCGGUGGAUGAUCCGGAUGGGCGUUAUGAUAUGCGCAAUGUUAGUGUUGUGAACACGAAUGGGAAGGCGAAGUUUCCGUGGGGUACACCUAUGUGUAUCCUGAUGGGGUUGCUGAGGCAUUACAUUCCGUUUUUGCAUCCGUAUUUGCCGUCUACAGGGCCUGCUUGACCUCAUGGCCUGUACUAGGAUUUAGUUUUGGGAAUAUUUAGUAUGGACUGCCAGAAAUCGAGCGAACGCUAGUUUAUGAAAGGCACUGUGUCAUCAUAUGUUUCGGGGUAUGCCGCAAAAGAGUCCAGAUCCAGCGCAUAAUUCUGGAUAUUUGCAUAGUGAACAUUGAACAGCUCGGAAACA